AUGGCAAGCGCUGACCUGCCUGGGAUAUCCAUAUCACGAUCAUCAAGCGACAGCGAUAAGGUCAAAGAAGGCUCGAGUGACGCCUCUCAAUCUCGUCGACCUACCCCGACUGUCGACACCAACGCGAAGAAUAGUGGCCCAUGGCACCGCAAGCGCUCAGCAUUGAGCGCUAAGUCGGGACACGACAUUGUGAAGUGGAAGAUCAAGUGGACGCCGGAUUGCUUCCCGACCGGGAGAGUCCUGAUUGUCGACUACAUCAGCAAUACCGCCUCCGGUUCGUCUGCUGGCUCAGGCAAGCGGCACAUAACCAUCGAAGCUCAAGAGUUCGAAGACAUCUCUGGACUGAAGAAGUUUUACAGCAAUACCGAGCGAGUCCAUGCCGCCGCUCUGCGAGUCAUUCACGUUCAGAACGCAUCGUGGGCCACCGAUUGCCUUCUUUCAAAGUACAAUGUCGAUCACCAGGACGAGGUUGUCGGAAUGCCUGGUUUUAGCAAAUGGGCGAGAUAUGAGAAGCCUCGCCAGCGUGGAGGCCGACCCUUUCCAGAUGGAAGAUCGUGGCGCGAGCAGACGGAUCCAUGGCGCAACAUUAGUCGAACUGCUUUCGGCUUGGACUACCUCAAGACCUAUCGCACGCCACCAGCUGACCGACAACACCGAGCAACUGUCUUGAGCGACAAAGAGAUCGACGCCAAAAUGAUGCAUCUCGAUGCAUGGUCGGACUCGAGCAAUCCCCAAGGGUACGAUGUCAGCGUCCAAAGGAUGAGUGUAUACGUCCAACGUCACCUCGGGCCGCCCGGAAGGCUCAGCCCUGACCAGGACGUCAGGAAUCCAUACACCAAUCUUCACUUCAAUGACUCCCAGAAGCCGGGUGGCAGGACCAAGACCGAGUUCGAUCGACUGGAUAACACCAACACUGUCAUCAUCUUCGAGACUUCAGCCUCUAUGCUGCUCAACGACUGCUUGAUCCAACCUCGAAACGACUUCGAAAAGCGCUGGCGGCGACUGUCGUUCUACCUGAAAAGAGAGGACGUUACCGAUGACCACAGACUCGCCGCUCAGUGUACGAGGAUGAUACUGGAAGAUGUGUUCCAUGGCUUAGCAAUCAUUUGGCAGGAGUUCUUGAGUGUCGGUACGGACCACGUCAGCAUGCUUGAGGACAAGAUCUACGAGAACCCUGCCGAUGAGUCUCGUGCGCCAGAUCUAUGGACCAACCAAAGUGCUUGGCUGAAGGUGGACAAGGUGAUGUGGAUGCACCAAGAUCUGAUUAGGGAGGUGGCGGCACACAUGCAUGAGGUGGCUGAGGUGGAAGUGGAGGACCAUGAUCCGAUUCAAGUCGAAUGGCUGUCAAGUAUACCUGCGGAGUACGAUAGACUGGCCCAUAGUGUUUCCGAAGACUUGGUACAGCCUACCGCGAACCUAAGCGAUCUCAUGUACAAGUCCGUUGGCAUUAGAGACUCACGCCAGUCUUUGCAGCUCGGUCUUUCGAUGUGGAGACUAAGCUGGAUCACGUUCAUCUUCUUGCCCCUGACUUUCCUAGUCUCGUUCUUUGGAAUGAACGUAAACAUAUUUGCUGGAGACGAUGAGGGCUUGCCAGACGUUGCGUGGUACUUUCUGGCUGCCAGCAUUCUAAUGCUGUUUGUGCUUCUCCUUUGGUACUGUGUCAAGCACUCACUCCAGCGCAGGCGUCAGACACCCUACCAGCGUGGCCUCUAUGAGAGGCUCUUCAACGACCUCGAAGGGCAGCACCCGCUUCUAUGGAGCAGCAGUGGUGCCUCCAACGAUGCCGAGCCGCUACACUUCACUGACAAACUGAAAUGGCGGCUAUUGCGGCGCUGGUUCGCUCCGGAGAAGACGAUUAACAAGCAGCUCUACAGCAACAUCGCCGGUGGCGACGACAGUGAUCUUGGCGCAUGGGCUCGCUUCAAGCGCCGCCUGCUCAGCCGGUGGCUCCCUACCAUCCGCCUCCGAUACAAGCCUGGCGACACCGUACCGCUGUCUGAGCUGACAAGCCACGACGACGGCCCCGAGCAAACACACAGCGCACCCCCGAGCCUCCUGAAGUACCAACCAACGACGAUCAACGCACUCGCGAAGGUCACGACGCCUAUUGCUGUUGCCGACGCCGAGCCAACGGCAGUACAGCAGAUGGCCACUGCGGGCUUGCAGCCGAUGGGUUUGCAGGGCAGGAAGGAGAGCAGGCGGACUAGCAGUGCGCCGGCUUCGCCACGUAUUAGUGAGGAAAGGCCUGGUAGCAGGGGCAGUAGUGGGAUUAUGAUUGAAGAGCGCAAUUUGAGCGACGAUGAUAGUGAUGCUGCGGAGGGCGCGGUGGUGGAGCAUAAUACGAUGGUUGAUCAAGGGUGA